ACAAUAGCAUGUGGAUAUUUUUAUGCAUAAAGACUUCGUAGACUUAUAUGCAUUUUUAAACAUGUAAAUCAUAUUUCAUAACCUCAGCAUCUUUACCGACUCUUGUUUUGGACAUGUGGUAUGAAAUUAUACAUUGUGUUAUUGCACAUUGUACAAGGCCCUGUAUGAUGAAAUGGGACUUCUUGUGAUAAAAAACACUGAUGAUUGCAGAUCUGAUUAAAUCUUACCCGAUGAAAGUAGGUUAAUGUAUCAGUGUUGCUUCGCACCCUAUUAUUUUGCUCUCACUCAUGUAUGAAUAACACAAUCAGGAAACAAAUGGCCUUAAUAAAUCAAUAUUUGAGCACCAAACACAGCUUAUCGUUGUGAUUUUAUAAUGAAAUAUUCCUCAGAACAGCAACUAAUCUGUUUGUGAAUGAGUCAUUCGCUCUCAGUAGAGUCUGAAGAUGUGUCCUAAUCUAUUCCAUUUCUCCAAACCACAAUGUCUCAAACAAUUGAGACAAGUCAUUGCAAAUGCUCUAAUCAGGUUCCUCUAAUCAUCCCUCUGCUACACAAUGUCUGUUAGUGUCAGGAGUGACACCUCGACAACAGAAGGCGACGCACUGGAUUGGCACGGACUGAACUGGUUCCCAUCCACCUCGGUCUUAUCAUCAGAGCGCUCAAGCGUCCGACGCACAAAGGCUUGUUGUGUAACUGAAUGAGCGCUUUACAGUCGCCCUGUGUAAAUGCGUAUUAGGGGUCAAUGGUAGGAGUUGUUAUAUUCAUUAAGACAUUCUUGCGCGGAUUGUGGCAGAGGGAGAGGGCUUUACAUAAUUACGUUCAUGCUUUUUCACGUGAAACGCUCCUUUAAAAGAAGGCUUCGACCGAACGCGCCUCCGAGGCACAUCGCGCGCGCGAGAGGACCGUCGUUCUCCACAGUUCGUCGGGAUUGCGUUCAAAAUGGUGACGUCGUAUCCAUUACCGGAGGGAUUCUCCGAGUUUGAUGUGUUCUCCCUGGGAUCUUGUCUGCUCGUGGAGGGUAAGAGUCGUGUUCAGGUCUCCUCGGGUUCUUCCUGAAUGCUGUCACCGUUGUUGCUUUUCUUAAAAUAAGAGAAUUACGCACCCCGAGUAAUUUUCUCGUGUUCAGUCUGGCCAUGGCAGAUAUGGGUAUUUCUAUGAACGCCACUAUCGCUGCCUUCUCCAGUUUUCUGAGAUACUGGCCUUAUGGAUCAGAUGGAUGCCAAACCCAUGGAUUCCAGGGCUUUAUGACUGCUCUGGCCAGCAUCCAUUUUAUCGCGGCUAUUGCUUGGGACAGAUACCACCAGUACUGCACAAGGACUAAGCUGAAGUGGAGCAGUGUCAUCACCCUGGCUAUGUUCAUCUGGCUCUUCACUGCCUUCUGGGCCUCGAUGCCUCUGAUUGGAUGGGGGGAGUAUGACUACGAGCCCCUGAGGACCUGCUGCACACUGGACUACAGCAAGGGUGACAGGAACUAUGUGUCUUAUUUGAUCCCCAUGUCCAUCUUUAACAUGGGCAUUCAGAUGUUUGUUGUGCUGUCUUCCUAUCAAUCCAUUGAUAGGAAAUUCAAGAAGACUGGCCAAGCCAAGUUCAACUGCGGCACUCCUCUGAAGACCAUGCUGUUUUGCUGGGGCCCCUAUGGUAUCCUGGCUUACUAUGCUGCUGUGGAAAAUGCAACCCUCGUCUCUCCUAAACUGAGGAUGAUUGCACCCAUUUUGGCUAAGACGUCACCUACUUUCAAUGUCUUUGUUUACUCCCUUGGAAAUGAGAACUACAGAGGAGGAAUCUGGCAGCUGCUCACUGGCCAAAAGAUUGAGACGCCUUCUAUCGAGAACAAGACCAAAUAAUCUAAGAAUGUGAUAACAGUUAAUGUCCAGGUAGUUUGUUUCUAACAGGUAUGACACUUGUUUAUCUGCAUUGUGUGCUUACGUCAUUCUUGCUGUAUUUUUGUGGAGUGUUUGUGGACAUGAGAGUGGAGGUCGUGUUUGUGGUAGUUUGGUCUUUUAUAUUUAAUAUAGAAGAUUUCAGCAAGUAAUACAAUUUCUAAACUGAUAUUUUGACAAAGCACAUAAGCUGCUCCUAAUGGAAAUGUUACAGAAUGGGGUCGAAUUUCAUCCAUAUCAUCGCAAAGCACAUUUAAGAAGAGAAUUUGUGGCCAUCGUUUAAUAAAGGUUAAGCUGCUUCCAUGUAUGCAGUUUUGCAAGGAAACACAAUCAGGAACUUAUUUUUUAAGGUUGUGACUAAACUUCUAAGAUGUUUUACAGCAUAAGUGCCAUUACAUUGUACAUUAAAACUGGCUUCUAAAUGUUACAAUUAGUUACAAAUUCAUUUACUGCUAGCUUUAAGAGUGCAAAACUUUUUACCAUCUCUACAGUGCAUUAAUUCAUUUAAUGUUAACCAGAAUGUACACUUUGGCACACCAAGGAAAUAAAGUGUACUUUAUUUUGCACAUAGGGAAAUCAUUUGCUAUGAGAUAAAGGUCUACAUCAAGCUUAUGAGACAGAAUUAGGCAAGCAACAUUUUCUAAUCCCAGAAACAACGGUGCUUUUCAUGAAAGCACAUUCCCCAGUGCACAAGAUUAGUCAAAAGAAAAAGAUUAUGCACAAGACUCACUGCGAUUGGAAAUGUUCAGACUGGUGAUCUCGUUUUCCCUCUGCAGAUUCUGUCUCUGUUUUAACAUCGUUCUGGCAUCUGAAAAAUAAUAAAUGAAUGCCAAAUCAUUUUUGUGUUGCCAUUUUGUACACUGUAAGGAAAAAAUGUUUUGUCGGGUAACAUAAAAUGUGUUUCAUGUUUGUAAUUAAACGUAUUAGAAAUAUCUGAAGUUUCAUUUUUUGCAGAAACAACAUUACUUCAUACACAGAUUGUAAUGUUCAAUAAAGAGGCUGAAUAUCACAAA